AUGUAUGAAGAUGACAACAUAACUUGUACACCAAAGCGCUGCGUGCUAACUGAAGUUACAAAUUCCACUAAUUAUGUAUCACCAACUGCUAAUCUCAAGUUGCUGACUAAUGUCGCCCUGCAAUACCCAACACCGCCACCAAGUACUGUUCAUCGAAAAGAAAAAUCCCUCCAAAUCCUAUGUGAUAGAUUCCUCAAUCUCUAUCCUCUUCUUGGAGAUGGCCCAGUCGAAAUCCAGCUGGAUAGCACUGCAACCCGGCUAGGUGUGGAGAAACGUCGAAUGUAUGACAUAAUAAACAUACUAGAAGCUAUGCAGUGUGCUGUCCAUAAAAGGAAGAACACAUAUCUUUGGCAUGGAGGAUCUCGGCUAAAUUCAUUUCUGAAGAUGCUUAAGAAGCAAGGAGAACACUUAAAGUUAUCUGAUGCAUUACGAGGAAAGGCACCAAAGCCUCCAACUCCAAAGCAUAAGACUCUAGGUGUACUUGCUCAAAGAUUCCUAAUGUUAUUCUUAGUUGAACCUCCUAAUACUCUUAUAAAUUUGGAGAUGGCUGUGAGAGUACUAAUAGACACAUCUAGUAAGACUAAAACGGUGAUCUCUCCUGAGCAGCAGGAUCGGCAACACAAGUCAAAAGUGAGAAGACUGUAUGAUAUUGCCAAUGUAUUUAUUUCUAUUGGUCUCAUUGAAAAAGUAUCAGGUAAUUUAAUAUUAAAGAAGCCAGUUUUUAAAUAUGUGGGACCACACAAUGUUAAAAAGUGUGACAAGACAGCUCAAAGCACUCCGUCACCAAUAACUCCACUGUCUGCACUGGACAAUCAGCAGCGGAUACCAGCUUGCAGUGUCUUUGCUGGGAGAUCCAAACGGAAACUGGAGUUCACAACUCCAACUUCCACCAAAGAACUGAAGCUUGGUAUCACAACCCCACCUCACACACCGUCACAUAAGUGGGAUGAAAUCUUGCUUGUUGCUGACAUGGAACUGACUAGAAUUAACAAUGGAGUUGUCUUGUGA